UGAUCUACCGAGUGCAUCUCAAUAAUUUUGACAGAGAGAGAGAGAGCAGGCGAGGCGAGGAUGGCGUCUACGGCGGCGGUACCGUUUUGGAGAGCAGCAGGGAUGACCUACAUAACCUAUUCCAACAUCUGCGCGUCGCUUGUUCGAGGCUGCCUCAAAGAACCCUACAAGUCCGAUGCGGCAUCGAGGGAGAAGGUCCACUUCGCCGUCUCCAAAUGGGCCAACGGCAAGCCCGAGAAACCCACCAUCCGUACUGAUUCACCCGACCAAUGAUUCUACUGAAGCAUGAUGCUGCCUGGAGAAAUUGAUUUGAAGCUUUGCAAGCUCUUGUUUGUUUCACCCUUCCAUUUUCACUUUCCAGGGAUUGUCAAAUUACCUUUAUAAACAGGCUUAAGGUACUCUUAUAUGAAAUGAUAUCUAUGCAAGAGGAACAUAUGGCAUGCUGUUAUUUGGAUUUUAGUCCUUCAAACAAGCCUCCUUGUGAAUUUAUCAUUCAGAAAUCUUUAUGAUACUUUUUAUUACUGAA